AUGCAACCGUCGCUCACGAUUGGUGUGGUGUUUAUCGGAGCCACCGUAUCGACCGUUCUUUACGGGCUUACGUUUGGACAAACGUGGAGGUACUUCAGGACCUAUGCGCACGACAAGCUUGCGCUGCGAAUCAUGGCGCUCAUCACCGUUACAGUUGGACACUACCCACCAGAGUCUGUUGUCUCAUUUGCUUUGGUCCUGCCUCGUUCGCAAGCCAUCAAUUUUGAACGCGACGCCAUGGAGCUAUAA